CAUAACUAUUCCCAAAACUUUAAUGCGGGGAUGACAUAGGUAUGUAAUUAUGAUUAAAUUUUUAGACAAGACGAUUUGUAAUGCGAUGACGUGAAUGCUGUUUAUUUGGUCUUCUACCAUCUCAGAACGAAGAUCUGCCAUACAGAAAAACAGAGUUAUAAGGAUCGAACUUCAAGAGGGAUGAACUUCGAUAUUCAACAAUGGUGAAGAAACGCAAGAGGAGAUUUUUUUUCUGCAAAUCUGUAAUGCUGAAUCGUUGGCUUUUUUCAGCAGCCGCCACCAAAUUCAGCACAACAUUCAGGCCCAAAUACUGCAUGGUAUGUACAUUCAAGACCCUCUCUUCACAGUUUCAAAUCAGAAAGAAGGCCGGGGAUGAAGAAAAAAUCUCACACAUUGGGGACGAAGAUAGCAAUGAAGAACAACAGGUUGUAGACGACAUAUGGAAAACCCUAAAAGAAAAACCCCCGGGUUUAGCCCAAGAAACCAUAUUGAUCCAUAUUGUUUCAUUGAAUCCUUCCUUAGCGUUAAGAGUAUUGGUUAGAAUCUCAGAAGAUCCCAGGCUUGCAGUGCGCUUAUUUUGGUGGAAACUGAAAGAGUCCGGGUCCAAACUACCCACGCCCUCGGUUUACGUAAACCUCUUAAAAAUCUUGUACAAAGUGGAGCUCGAUCGUUCUAUGCAUUGCGAUACGGAGGGGAUUAUUAUAGAUAGGACUCAAAGCUGCCAUGAUGUUUUGGAGUCCCUGAUUAAUGAGGAGUCUACUUCUGAACUGCUUGGUUUGUUGAUUUGGAUUUUUACGAAGCAAGGUUUGAUUGAGGAGAGUGUUAGGGUUAUAAAUAGAAUGAUCAGUGCUGGGAUUAUGCCCAGUGAGAGGAGCUGCUAUAGGGUUCUUAAUGCACUGCGUGAUUCCGAGCAGGUAGAGCGGGCCUGGGAAAUUUACGACAAGAUGCUCAAGUCUGGCAUUGAGCUAAGUGUUAUGACCUAUAAUACUAUGCUGGAUGCUUUUUGUAAAAGUGGGAAUUUAAGUGAAGCUCUGUCUUUAGUGGAUGAUAUGCAAGGAAGGCGCGUUUUUCCCACUGUUACAACUUACAAUAUACUUAUUUAUGGGUUGUGCAGGAUGGGCAAUAUUCUGGAAGCUAGAAAACUGUUUGAUGAAAAAUUGAAGAGAGAUCUGGUUCCGGAUGUUUUUUCUUACAAUGUGAUAAUUUAUGGAUACAGCAAGGAAGGGAAUAUGACAGAGGCGUUGAAGUUGCGUGAUGAGAUGGGUAGUCAGAGGCUUGCGCCAACAGCUAUAACGUACAACACGCUGAUUGAUGGGUUUUGUGGGAAGGGAGAUAUGGAAGAGGCUGAUAAGCUAAAGCUUGAAAUGAUUGAUAUUGGCUUGUGUCCUGAUCAGUUUACGUAUACUAGUCUGAUAAGUGGAUAUUGUAGGAGACACAAUGUUAUAGUUGCAGAGCAGCUUUUUAGAGAAAUGGUUGACAGAGGUUUGAUUCCAGAUUGUUUCACUUAUACUGCUUUUAUGGAUGGAAUGUGUAAGACAGGGAAUAUGAAAGAAGCUUUUAAGCUUCGCGAUGAAAUGGUAGCGAGAGGCCUUGUGCCGACUGUGGUUACUUAUAAUGUUCUAAUUGACGGCCUUUGCAAAUCAGGGGAUGUUAAGGGUGCGUAUAUGCUCUUAAGUGAGAUGGAGAGUAGUGGCCUGGUUCCUGAUAAAGUGACUUUUACUGAACUCAUUGAUGCCCACCGUAAAACAGGCAAUCUUCAAAGAGCCAGGGAGCUCUUUAGGGAAAUGCAAGAGAGAGGUUUGGAUCCAUCAUGUGUCACUUACAGCACUCUUAUUCAUGGCCAGGGCAAAGAAGGUAAAAUGAAGGUAGCUUUUAAGCUUUUCUACGAAAUGAUUGAAAACGGAAUAGCACCUAAUGUUGUUACUUAUAAUGCUUUAAUACAUGGUCUCUGCAAGGAGGGAGACAUCAAACAGGCAUAUAGUAUUUUUAAUGAGAUGCAGGAGAAAGGAGUAACUCCAAAUAAAUACACAUACAUUUCACUUAUUGCUGCAAAUUGUAAGAGAGGUAAUUUGAAGAAGGCUAAAAUGCUAUACAAGGUUAUGAAUGAAAAAUGUAUCCAACCGAACAAUUAUACUCACAGUGCAUUGGUAAAAGGAUUCUGUAAUGAUGGCAAGUCCUGGGAAAGAAGUGGUUUACCUAAUGGAACUCUUGCAAAGGAUACAGUCAAUGAGGAUGGCAUAAAGGAAAUAUCAACAAGCAGUUAGAGCAGAAUCAGUGGCCUUGAGGUGGCUUUUUAAUCUCUAGCACUUUGACAUCUCAUUAUGCUUCAUCUCUCCGGCCAAAAUUAAUAUUCUGGAGUUCUUUCCCUAAGUUGAUUCUUACACAACUGGAGGCUUUCUAAACAACGCUUUGUCUCUUUUUCAUGGCAAGUUGAAGGCCCCGCUGUUUGCUUCACAUGAUGCUAUAUAAACAACUAAAAAUUGGUGAAGGCCAUACAUGGAAGGAAUGAACAUCACCAAUGUGCUCAUAUUGACUAUGGGAAAUUUGGCAUGGUUUUUGCUCAUAUCAACUUUUCGAUCACAAGGUGGAAAUAAUCAAAUCUCUUUCUGGGCAACAAAAUGAUCAUCUUUAGAAUUGCAAGUGGAUCUGUAAAAAACGGGUCAAAUCUCUACAUCGUAUUUUCUUAAUAAGGAUUUGACUUGAAUGGAAUUUGCCUUUCUCAUGGAAGGUCAUCUAGAAACGCUGGGAUGCUAAUCCUGUCAAACUUUUGGGUAUCAAAGGAAUGGAAGAUUUUUUAAACUGGCACUUUGGAUCUAAAGGUAACAAGAUGUCAAACCUAAAGGUAUAAAGCGACACGUGCUUCAGCAAAAAGCUGUACAGUGGUCAUUUCGAAGGUGUAUUGUCAAAUAAGCGAUGUAACCUGCUACAUUGACAUUGAAAUCAAUGAGCUGCUGCUUUUGCUCAAAAUGGGAUUUUUUUUUCAGAUUCUCUGGUAUGCAGAUGCAUGGAUAGUUUGUCAUGAUUUUGCCUUCCUUUCAAUUAUCUUUAACGUGAAUGCUAACUAGGAGUCUAUCACUUAGAGAUAGGCAUUUUGCGAAAACGUCUUACAAAAUUCUCAUGUAUUGCAAUGAGAUUCUUGUAAUGUUGUCGAUCCAGUUUUGCAGGGCCACCUUCACUUCUGAGGCUGACUUGCUAUGUUUCCGAGUCUUUGGGAUGGGGGUACACAUUUCUGGCAAUGUCGAUCCAGCAAUCUGGAUAAACUUUUUACCAAAAUAAUUACCAUGUAAAAUUGAAAGCAUUGUGUAUUGUAUUUAACAAACCUGUAAUUAUUUUGAUAAAAAGUGCAUCCAGUAUGCUGGAUAGGCACGGGCUUCUGGGUCAUCAAAUUUUUACCUGCAUUUCGAAGCGGUGUGAGAUGGGUAAUCAUAUAUGAUUUAAAUUGCCAAAGUCUAUUACAUAACUUUUCAAAUUUCUAAUCAGAUAGUUUAACAUCAAGUAGUCUUAAAAAGGUAAUCCAAAAACUGUAAUAUUCGACAUUGAAUUUUGAACCUUGAACAACAGUGACUUCAAUAUACGUAAACUGAGGGAAACAUUGGCAUGAGUACAAAAUUGUAGACGUGAAUAAUUGAUUUCUAUAUUAUAAAUGUAUUAUGAAUAUAUUUUAGGAUCC